CCCGGGCGACGCCCCAACUCCUCCCUCCUCGCUCCAUUCACCUUCUCCUACCGUACCUAGGCGAACCUUCCCCGCAAUGCUGCCUCUUCACACCGGGGACGACGCGCGCGAGGCGGCCGCGCUCCUCGAGGGGAGCGACCCCGCCGGCCGCCGCCGCCGCUCCUCGCCGGUGCUGUCCGCGUCCCCGAGCCCCCCGGGCUGGGAUGGUGGCCUCAGGAGGCAGUCGUCCUUCUUCCGCCAGGACGUCGCCCACGCCGCAUCCGAGACGUACCUCGUCACGCGCCUCACCUUCAGCCUACUCCGGUACCUCGGGUUAGGUUACCACUGGAUGAAGCAGCUUCUUGCCCUCGUGGUCUAUUCUAUAUUAAUUAUGCCAGGUUUUUGGCAAGUUGCGUACUACUAUUUCUAUUCAAGUCAGGUUCGUAGAAGUAUUGUUUAUGGAGAACAACCAAGAAACAGGUUGGAUUUGUAUAUACCUGAAGAUAGUAGCAGACCCUGUCCUGUGAUGGCCUUUGUAACUGGCGGGGCCUGGAUUAUUGGUUACAAGGCCUGGGGUGCCCUUCUUGGCAGGCGGUUGGCGGAGAGAGGAAUCAUAGUUGCUUGCAUUGAUUACAGAAACUUUCCGCAAGGAACAAUAAGCGACAUGGUUAGUGAUGCUUCUGAGGGGAUUUCAUUUGUGUGUAACAACAUUGCUAGUUAUGGAGGUGAUCCUAAUCAGGUCUACUUGAUGGGUCAGUCAGCAGGAGCACAUAUUGCAGCAUGUGCCCUUAUGAAGCAGGCAGUAAAAGAGUCUAGCGGGCAGCCCAUUUCUUGGAGUGUUACACAAAUCAAAGCAUACUUUGGUUUAUCUGGAGGAUACAACCUCCAUAAUUUGGUUGACCAUUUCCAUCAGCGUGGUUUGUAUCGUUCAAUAUUUCUCAGCAUAAUGAACGGGGAGGAAUCUUUGUCGUCUUAUUCUCCUGAAAUUGUCGCCAAGGAGUCAAGUCAUCAGACCAUAGCUCUACUACCUCCUAUUUUCCUUAUGCAUGGAGCAGCUGAUUAUUCAAUACCAUCAUCUUCCAGUCAAACUUUUGUAGAUGUCCUUCACCAAGCUGGUGCUCAGGCCAAGUUAUUAUUGUACGAAGGGAAAACACAUACAGAUAUAUUUGUACAGGAUCCUCUUAGAGGUGGAAAUGAUCCUUUGGUUGAAGAUGUCCUGUCUCGUAUUCAAGCUGAUGAUGUAACCUGUGGAAUUAUAGCUUCGGCGCCUACUCCAAGGCGCCUGGUUUUUGAGUGGCAAUUGAAAUUGGCCCGUUGGAUUAGUCCCUUCUAAUAGGCGACAGCAUGCAGACGAUGAAUUCCUUAGGAUUUCAGGCGAAUUUUGCAUCAUAUAUUUGCCAAUUGAACCCGAACAAAAGUACAUAAAUUGGGAAAGGGCACUGAAACAUCAGGCAGGAUAAGAUGAAGCGGAUGGUCGCGGCCAUCUCCAACCACCUGUGUUUCGAUGUGUAUGACCUCGACGUCGGUGGCGUCAGGUCCAACACCGAGCUGGGGAAACUUCUGGUCCAGAUGAAGAACAUGUCCAUAUUGUUGGUCGAGGAUGUCGAUUGCGCCCUUACCAGGGAGCCGUGGAGGGACACGGAUGGAGAAGGCCCUGAUGGGAGCAGCCCAGCUUCCAAGAAUCACAAGGUCACUCUGUCCGGGCUGCUCAACAUGGUGGACGGCCUCUGGUCCAGCAGCGGGCACGAGCGCAUCCUCAACUUCACCACGAACCACAAGGACCGGCUGGACCUGGCGCAGCUCCGGCCACCGGCCGGAUGGACUUGCACGUCUACAUGGGCUAUUGCGAAUGGAGUAUUAUGCAUGAGUGUGACGAUAAAUGCAGCAGCCUUUGUUGUCUCAAAAAAAAAAUGCAGCAGCCUUUGUUGUAGUAAACUAUAUUCAUAUAAUAUACCUUUUGUAUUAUAGUUUUUGAUA